UUUGUCAAAGUGCACUGUUCCUUUCAUUAUUGAAAGAAUACUGUUGGAAAGUCUUCUUCACAAAGAUAUCUAAAGUUAUCGCAUCCCAUUCCCGUUUAUUGUGCGUAUUAAGUUUCAAACCCCAGUGCAUUCGAAUCACAAACCUUCGAUUGUCAUCUAGAGAAAAUCAAGUCUGAACGAGCAGGAGUGCUUGCAUUAUCAAAGGCGAUACGUCAUUGCGAGCUGCAGUGAUUGGCUGGAUUCUGCUCCUUUUUCUCCAGAAUUUGCAACCUCCACCGGUCUUCGCCUCGGAGCUGCGAGAUCCCUACAGAAGAGGCAGGUGGACUCCCUUGGGACUUGGUUUCACUCAAGAGAAAUGAAUGCAAUAUAGCGCACACAUUCGUCGGGGUGGAAAUUUCUAAUCGCUCUCAUCUCCUCAACUCCUUCCCUGCAAUACAGAGACAAACCGAACCGGGCUAAAUGAGUGCCCGGACCUUGGAGAGACUGGCGCUUUCCAUUCCCCAUUGUGCCUUAAACGGAACCGCUUGGAGUAACAAUGGCACCUGCUUUGACCGGGUGGAUCAGCUGUUCCAGGCGUUCUCAUCCACCGCCGUGCUUUUCGUGCUCAUCGCGAUGAUCAUUGGGAUAAUAUUCGUCUCCGUCACGACCUUCCACUUUCACAAAAGCAAGAUGAAAAAGCGCAAGAUCCAGAAAGCCCAAGAGGAAUACGAGCGCGACAACUGCAGUCCUAAAGCGGUCAAAGGCAAGCCGGUGGUCCGUCAGUGCAUCAUGGUGAGACCCCCCACGGCAGUGCGGAAAAGUGAUCCAAACACUGAGAAUCCUGGCGUGCCACCUGUGAUCCCAGAGGACACAACACACACAGGACAGAUGAAGGACGAUAACUUGUUGGAAUCGGUCGCUGUGUCUUGAUAACGCAGUGCCAGCCUUUGACGAACACUGUAAAUACAACCUCGGUAUUCAUAUGAUAUUGCCUACGGAAUAUAUAAAUCCUUUGUUUAAGCGUUAGAUUUGAUAAGUUUUCAUCUCAAGCUUCAGGAGGAGCCUGUGGAAGAAAUCUAUGAAUGGUCUUGAAGCAUCACUGGUUUUUGAGAAGGAGAAAAGACUCGUCAAAAAUCCUUAAGGAACGCUAGUGGGAAUUGUAUCAUCAUUUGGAGCCAAUCCUAACGGAUUCAAAUAAGAGUCAUAUUAGAAUUAAGCAACAUCCUACUGGAUAAUCUGGAAUUCUGGGGGAAAAGAGGGCAUGAAUCAGUUAAUACAGUGGGAUUGUUUUGAAUGCUGAUGGAAUUACUAUCACAAUUUGGAACCGAUCCUAAUAGAUUCAGCUAAGAAUCCUCUAAGAAUCAAAUAACAUUUGGAAUAGGCAAAAUUCUGAAAAUAAUAAAUAAUAAAUAAAUAAUAAUAAUAAAAAAAAUAAUGGCAUGAAUCAGUUAAUCCAAUAGUAUUGAAUGCUAAUGAAUUUUUUAUAAUCAUUUGGAGCAAAUCCUAAUGGAAUAAAAUAAUCCUGUAAGAAUCAAAUAAAAUCCUACUGGAUUAUCUGAAAAUCUGUAGAGAAAAAAAAGGUCACGAAUCAGUUAAUCCAGUAGGACUGUAUUAAAUACUAAUGAAAUUCCUAUUAUAAUUUGGAGCCAAUCCUAAUGGAAUCAAACAAGAAUCCUACUGGAAUAGGAUUACAUUUGGAAUAGCUGAAAUUCUGGAAAUAGCAUUAAUCAGUUAUUCCAGGAUUUAAUAGGAUUAUCUUGAAUGCUAAUCGAAUUAUGUGUCAAACUGAUCAAAAUGGGAUCAUACAGGAAUCCUCUAAUCACUUCCUUUCAUAUUGGAUAAACAAAGCCUUAUUUAUUUAUUUACAGAAUGUCUUGUCAUCCAGUAGGAUCUUUUUUCAUCGUUACAAUUCUACAGAUCCCUUUAGGUUUGGCUCCUUGUUUUUGAUAAAAGCUCCAUUAGCAUUCCUUUAGGAUUUUUUUCCUUUUUAGAUUGUCUUAUCCACACUUCUUCAUAUUGUCCAAGAGGAAUAAUUGUAAACAGGACUUUAGUUUGACCAAUUAUGGACCUUCUCACAGAAUAGAGUUAGAUAUUACUGAAUGAUAUUUUGUAGGAUAUUGUGGGAUGUAAGGGAUAUUGUGAAGUUCCUCACAGUUAAAGGGACUUGUAUAAAUCCUGUAUAGUCGCUGUCCAGUGCUGCGGUGCUGAAAUAAGGACCCAAACCUUGGUCUCCAUUGGGCAGAAUCAAAAACAAAACUCACUACUAUUUUCCUUUGUUUUGAGUUUCAAAAACUCUUAGAUGUCACUCUUUUAGACAACAUUUUGGUUUCUUUUGACAAAUGAGAUUUUUGUUUUCAUUCAUCUCAGUGGCUUUUUCAAGACUGACACACAAAUGGUGCCAUUCUGGCUUGGCAUGAAUAGGUUUAGUGUUUUAACCCCUUUAUUCCCGAGACUGGUAACGUGCAAUUGCAGCUGUUAUAGUGGUAGUAUAGCCUAUCUAUUUGUUUUGUUUAUGGCACUGUAUAACCAUAGUAAAACUUAUGUAACCUAAGGCAUUUCGGUUUUGUGUUACAGCUCUAUAUUAAUGCUUUCCUUUUGCCUUUUGCUCUAGAUUAAUAAAACAGUAAUGAUGAAGUAUUAUAUUUUAAUCUUAGGAUUUUAAAAUAGUGUAUCAAUCAAGCUACAAAGAAUAAGAGAACAUUUUAAAAGUAAUUUUAUUUAUUUCCUUGGCUUUGUGUUGAAUUGGAAACGGGAGUUAGAGGCAAAAUCACAUAUUGUAACAGACCGAAAUUUGAACUUUUGUUUUUAUUUUGUUCAAAGCAUAAUUUUUAUUUUUUUUAAUGACAAAUAAAAAGUUGUGCAAAUGA